CCAGGCGGGCGCCCGAGCAAACGCCGCCCCCAGGGCCGUGGUGCCCCUGGUGCGCGCGGGCGAUGCCGCGCGCCGCCAUCCCGCAGCCGAGCCAGCCGCAGCCGAGCGACCCGUGCCCCACCACGGGGCAGGCCCUCGAGGAGAGGCGUCUUCGCGAGCUCCAUGGCCACGCUGCUCGCGCUGGUGUCCGCGGUGUGCGUGUUCUGCGGAGUGCUGUUUUUCCGCAGGCAGAGGACCUUCGUGGACGUCCGGCUGGAGGGCGCCUUCUUCACGGCCCUGCGCUCCAGGGGGGGCCGUGCGGGCCUACUGACGGCGCUGCCGCUUCUCUGGCCGGGCACGCGGGAUCUCUUCUUCCCCAAUUUCUGGAGAGCAGCUACCACUGGCUGCCCUUCUGGUACAGCUUCGUCAUCCAGCAGCGCUUCGGGGAGACGGUGUUCGCCUGCUGGAACGCGGCGUUCGGCUCGACGCUCGGCGUGGCGGGGUCCGUGCUCCUCAACUACCUCAUGCCCGGGGGUGCUGGUCCGCUGUCCCAAG